CCCCGCCCCCUGAGGCGCCUGACGCCGGAGCGCAGCCCCUUCUCUCGUCUCCACAGUCCUGCAGAGCUCCAUUUUCUUCUUUCCCGAUAUUCUGCGGCAGAAGAGUAAAACAUUUGGAAAAAAUGAAUGAAGAAUACGACGUUAUCGUGCUGGGCACCGGACUGACGGAAUGCAUUUUGUCAGGCAUCAUGUCGGUGAAGGGGAAGAAGGUUCUGCACAUGGACCGUAACUCCUACUACGGAGCUGAGAGCGCCUCCAUCACACCUCUGGAGGAUCUUUACAAGCGUUUCAGCCUUCCAGGGGCCCCUCCUGAGUCGAUGGGAAAAGGCCGCGAUUGGAAUGUGGACCUCAUCCCUAAAUUCCUUAUGGCCAACGGUCAGCUGGUCCGCAUGCUGCUCAUCACACAGGUGACUCGCUACCUGGACUUCAAAGUGAUUGAAGGCAGUUACGUGUACAAGUCGGGCAAAAUCCAUAAAGUCCCCUCUACUGAGACUGAGGCUCUGGCAUCUAGUCUGAUGGGGUUGUUUGAGAAACGGCGCUUCAGAAAGUUCCUGAUUUUCAUCGCCAAUUUCGACGAGAACGACCCCAAGACUAUGGAAGGUGUUGACCCCAACAAGACGACAAUGAGGGCCAUUUUCCAGAAGUUUAGCCUGGGCCAGGAAGUCAUUGACUUCACUGGCCACUCCCUCGCACUCUACCGCACAGACGAUUACCUGGACAAACCCUGCAUCCAAACAAUAAACAGGAUAAAGCUCUACAGUGAGUCUCUGGCCAGAUACGGAAAGAGCCCUUACCUCUACCCACUCUACGGCCUGGGAGAACUGCCACAAGGCUUUGCCAGACUGAGUGCUAUCUAUGGUGGGACGUACAUGCUGAACAAGCCCAUAGAUGAGAUUGUGGUGGAGAACGGAAAGGUGGUGGGAGUGAAGUCUGAGGGAGAGAUCGCAAGGUGCAAGCAGCUGAUCUGUGACCCCAGCUACGUUAUGGAUCGCGUCAGCAAAGUGGGUCAGGUGAUCAGAGUCAUCUGCAUCAUGAGCCAUCCCAUUGGUAACACCGGCGACAUCAACUCCUGCCAGAUCAUCAUCCCCCAGAAUCAGGUCAACAGGAAGCACGACAUCUACGUCUGUAUGAUCUCCUUCGCUCACAACGUGGCAGCACAGGGUAAAUAUAUCGCCAUCGUCAGCACCACAGUGGAGACAGGCGACCCUGAGAAAGAGAUCAAGCCGGCCUUGGAUCUGCUGGAGCCCAUUGAGCAGAAGUUUGUCAGCAUUAGUGACCAGUAUGUUCCCACUGACAUGGGCAACGACAGCCAGAUCUUCAUCUCCCGUUCAUACGACGCAACAACUCACUUUGAGACCACCUGUGACGACAUCAAGGACAUCUACCGGAGGAUGACGGGCUCAGACUUUGACUUUGCUGAGAUGGAACGCAAGAAGCAGGACAUCUUCGGUGACGCUGCUGAAUAGAGGCGACGCGUCCGCAACACUCACGAAUAUCAAAGACAACGCUGCCGACAACUGAAAUCUACAAAAAAUAGAAAACCUACACAAAUCUGUACACGCCAGUGGGCUGGCUGAUAAUCCAAGUAUACAGUUUGCCCAUUGGGGAAGUUGAUGAUAUAUAGAAGAGAUAUGAUAUAGUAGUGUUGGAUAGGGUUCAGGGAGGGAGAUAUGCUUUUUCAGAUCGGGUGGACGUUGCACUAAACACUGGUUAUGCCUAAUAGACAAUAAUACCCUACACUAUUCUGAUCCAUCAUGUUCAGAUGAUGCAUAGUCCAAAGAUGCCAAAUCAAAUGUUAAUUCAUAAUGAUAUCUUACAGAGUGUGUCUGGGGAGGGUUGAAUUUUUCUGUAAUGGUGUAAAAGGUUCUAGAAAAUACAUAACACCUACACGUCCGAUACUUUGCCUCUGCAGGUAUUUUUUUUCAUGUCAGCUUGAGAGAAAAGUGGCUGGUCUUUUUUUUGUCUGUAUUAAAUUAAGUAGCUGAGUGUUCCUUGCAGGAUGUGACAACUUGAAUACAUUCAGGGCGCAGCCAGCAGCAGACAGCCAUGCGAGGCAACACCUUAGCCGUCACAUCAUAUGGUCAGAUAUUGUGAAACAACGUGGAUUAGUGGUUCGUAGGUUGGCUUUUUUGUGCGUGUGUGUAUUUUAUCCCCCAUUGUCUAAAUCCUACACAGCCAGGCAGUAUACUGUAAGCCAAGCCACAGAGGAGACUGUAGUUCAAACUACCUGAACCUGUUUUCAACAGCUUGAGUUACUAUAAUGCAUCAGAGGAGAUAUAUUAGUUCCUGUAUUAUGCAAAAUGAUUGAAGAUCCGAGCAUUAACAGCAGAUUGAAGGCAAGUGUGGUUCACUGUAAUUGCUUAAGAAGGACCAAAUGUGUACUGCAGCAGUAUUGAAUUGAUUAGAGCCCUGUGAUAUUUUCUCUUUUCAACAACUAUAUAAAAAAAAGACAUCUUGGGCUCAAAUGAUUUCUGUACUGCAAAGUAAAAAAAACAAAAAAAAACAACUUUGUCAAAAAUCAAAACUGUGUUUGAUUUUUUUUCUUUUUAUCUUUCAGCAAAUGCAAGAGAUGUGAACUUUUAACUUUUUAACCAAACAUUUGAGAGAGUUUCAGUUUUAUUCACAGGUUAAAUUUCCAGGCAUGAUCCAGAAACUGAUUCUAAAUAAAACCUUAUGAUUCCA